CAUCGAGAUGGGAAACACAAGAGACUGAAGAUUUAAAGGAGAAUCCAUAAUAAGUUUGCUCUCAUCUGUUUAUACGAUAACAAGGAUUUAUGUUUGUUCACUGAGCAUUAAUUUCGUGCUGGUUGGAUUACUAAUAAUCGGCCAGGUUAUAUUUUAAAGGGGUUGGGGAGGGGGUUAACAUGUCGAUCCAGUACGAGGCACCGCUGGCGGACAGCUACGGGGUGGCGGACUCGUUUCCCAAAGAUUUCGGAUAUGGAGAAGAAGAAGGAGACAUUGAGGACAGUCCUACUCCCUCCGACAGCAAACCGAGAAUCCUGCUGAUGGGAUUGAGGAGGAGCGGAAAGUCGUCUAUCCAGAAGGUGGUGUUUCAUAAGAUGUCCCCCAACGAGACCCUGUUUCUCGAGAGCACCAACAAGAUCUAUAAAGAUGACAUCUCCAGCAGCUCCUUCGUCAACUUCCAGAUCUGGGACUUCCCUGGACAAGUGGACUUUUUUGAUCCAACCUUUGACUACGAGAUGAUUUUCAGAGGAACUGGGGCCUUGAUAUUUGUCAUCGAUGCACAGGAUGACUAUGUGGAGGCCCUUAGUCGACUCCACCUAACAGUAUCACGCGCCUACAGGGUCAACCCAGAGAUCAACUUUGAAGUGUUUAUCCAUAAAGUAGAUGGCCUGUCUGAUGACCAUAAGAUUGAGACCCAGCGGGAUAUACACCAGAGGGCUAACGAUGACCUGGCAGAUGCCAGUUUAGAGAAAUUACAUCUCAGUUUCUAUUUGACUAGUAUAUAUGAUCACUCCAUCUUUGAGGCCUUCAGUAAAGUUGUCCAGAAGCUCAUCCCUCAGCUUCCAACGCUGGAGAACCUUCUCAACAUCUUUAUAUCUAAUUCAGGGAUUGAGAAGGCCUUCCUGUUUGAUGUCGUCAGUAAGAUUUACAUCGCCACCGACAGUUCACCGGUGGACAUGCAGUCCUAUGAGCUUUGCUGCGACAUGAUCGAUGUGGUCAUCGACGUCUCCUGUAUUUACGGAUUAAAGGAGGAUGGCAGUGGCAGUGCAUAUGAUAAGGAGUCUAUGGCCAUCAUCAAACUCAAUAACACCACAGUGCUCUACCUAAAAGAGGUCACCAAGUUCCUCGCCCUGGUCUGCAUCCUGAGAGAAGAGAGCUUUGAGCGCAAAGGAUUAAUAGACUACAAUUUCCACUGUUUCCGGAAAGCCAUUCAUGAGGUGUUCGAGGUGGGCGUUUCUAUCUCAAGGACAAGCAACCAGCCAGCUGGCACUCCUCUCCUGAAGACUGUUGCCUUAAACGGAACCCCCAGGAGCACUGUGUAGAAAGAUAGCGAUAAAGACUGAUGAAAAGUGUGGAGAUGAUGGAAAAGGUAACAAAAGAUAGAGACUACAGGAUGGGCCGCAUUCUGAGUAUGCCAACCAUCAUUACUGCUCCCAAAUGCUUUAUAAGCAAGAGUUUGAAAGGCACUAAAAUAAACUUGCUGCAGUGGGCGGGGCAGAAAUGUAAUGUGGGUAAGCUUGCAAAGCUGCGGAUGGAUGGAAGGGAAGAGGCACAAAAGAAGGUGGAACACUUUUUUUUUUUGUGACUAAAAGGCAUUAACAAACUGUUCCUCCAGAAAAGACCGCAAACAAGUAACAGUGCAAGUCACUUAGGGAAAAAAAAGCACAGCAAGAAACCUCUCACCCUGUCAGACAGUACCGCCUGACGACUUGGAUGAAUGCUGUAUAUGCUGCUGGUCACUUAACACAGUAGCCAAGUUUAAACGCAUACCUGGUCUACUCCUCAACACGUGAAUGUGGCAGACUUCUGUGAAAAUUUGGGGUGCACAAAAUUUGAGUGUACACUUGUGAAGCCUUAUGUAGAGGAGGCCUGUCUGAUGCAAGCCCCUAGUGCACACAUGCACACUUGGUCACCUAAACAGCCCAUCCCAUGUAUUGUGUAUGAAAGGUUAGUAAAGGGAUUGAAAUGUCAUUUUGAAUUUGUCUCGAGUGUGUUUGUGUGUGUGCACAUGUAUGUAUCCAGUGGAGAGGGUGGGUGUUGCAGAUGCACCGGUUCGGGGCCUAGAGAUGUUGUGAAGUCACACAUGGGAGAGCGUUUGCGACUUCGAAGACUGAGAAAGAGCUGUACCGUUUCAUUUGACCUCUGGGACACUGUGAUUGCACUUACCUCAGAGGAUGUCAGGGAUCCUAACUAACAAAAUUCAAACUGCUAUGCUGUACCGUUACCCUCUAGUUACAUUACGGCAUCCUUGGCGCGUAGCUCAUGCAAUCCGAGGACAUUGUAGGAUGAACUUGAAUUACUUACAUUCCGGUUCUGAGGUGCCAAUGCAGUUUUGCUCCGAUUUAAAACUCACUAAUCUUUACUUUCACUGAUCUUCAAGCUUGCUUAUGAUUCUUGUUUCUCAGAGUACAUAUAGGACAUGCCAAAGGUGUAAUCAUUCACAAGAAAUAAAACAUGUACACACACUGGAAAGAG